AUGUCAUCUACCAACAAGGAAGAUAUUAUCCCAGAAGAAGAUAAUAGCAGAAAAAUGGAAGUAGAAAAACCUAUUGAACCUGCAUCUACAGAAACCGAAAAAAAGGAAGAAGAAAAGUAAAAUUAACCAAAUAGCGAUAAAUAAGCUGCUACCUCUGAAUAAAAUAAUUCAACUGCUAUGUAAGCUGAAGAAGAAUAAGUUAAUAAAAAAGAAGAGAAUAACAACUCUCAUAACUAACCUCCUAAAGUAGAUGCUAAACCUGCUGAUUCUUUACAAGAAUUAACAAAGGUUUAUAACUAUGGAUCAACUGAAAUGGAUUAAUUUUGGCUUCCUGACUCUAGAUCUGAAACUCGUCGUCCUUAUUUAAAUGCUUGUCUUAAAAAUCAUGUUGUAGUAUAAAUAGCUUGUGGAUCUCUACACACUCUUAUCCUUACCAAUCUUGGUUUAGUUUAUUCUUAAGGUUAAAAUGAUGAUGGCGCUUUAGGUAGACCUGCUAACGAUGAAGAUGAAGACAGUGAUAAAAAGGCAUAAUUAGUCUAAAUUCCCAUUAAGGUUAACAUGAUUGCAGCAGGAGAUAGCCACUCAGUUGCUGCAAACUCAGAAUUGGGUGUAUGCUUUUUCUGGGGUACUUAUAGAAAUACUGAGAAGGCAAACCUUGCUCCUCCUGCCAGAACUCCUGUACGUGUUGGCAACAAGGAACUUUACAGAAAAAAACUCACUAAAAUUCUCAGUGGAUAAUAACACUCACUUGUGCUUACUGAUGAAGGAGAACUAUUUGGAUGGGGUGACCCUGACAUGGGUGUUGUUGGAAGAAUGCCUAAGACUCGUCACGGAUAUGAGCAAGCUCUUAAAGUUGCUAAAAUUACAUAAAUAAAGGUAUCAGAUAUUUACACUGGAGGUCGUCACAGCUUUUUGAAGCGCCAAAUUAAAAAGGCCAUUCCUGCUUCUGACGGUGUCGAAGAGUAAAAGGCCGAAUAUGCUUACUAUUCUUGGGGUUUAAAUAAUUUUGGUUAACUUGGUUUAGAUUUACCUGAAGAAAGACACUUAGAUGUAGUCUUUGAGCCUACUCAAAUAAAAUUCUUUGAUAAUCUUGAAGUUAAAAAAUUCUGUGGUGGAGAAUCUCAUUCUAUUGCUUUGUUAGAAGAUGGCACUGUUUACGGUUUUGGUAGAAAUGAUAUUGGUUAGUUUGGAUUAGGCAAAGUAAAAGAUAACCAUCCAGUCUAUGGAGAAAUUAAGGAAAUCAACCCUAAACCUAUUAAAAUAGAUACCUUCCCUGCUGAUCAUAAAAAGAUUAUCAACAUUUGGGCUGGUGCAAACUACAGUUAUGCUUAAGAAGAAACAGGUUAGUGCUAUUCUUGGGGAUUCGGCUCAAAUUUUGUGUUAGGAAAUCGUAAAGAUGAAGAUGAGGAUGAGUACAACCCAUAUGUUAUUCCUAGAGACUUCUAUAAGAAUGAAAUUCCAACAGAUUUCGCUAUGGGAACCCAACAUGUCACAUAUUACGUCAAUUUAGAGUAAUAGUAACAUUCUGUACCCAAAGAUUUGCUAUUAGAUGCUGAUGACGAAUAUUUACCUCACAAUAUGAGAAAGAAAACAACUGCACUUGCUAAAGCUGCAGCUGAAAAAGCUGAAAAAGAAGAAAGAGCUGCUAAGAGAGCUGAAGAAGCAGCCAAAAAGAAAGAAGCUGAAGCUGCUAAAAAAUAAGCUGAAGCUGAAAAGAAGGCUGAAAAAGAAAAAGAAAGACUUGCUAAAAAGUAAGAAAAAGAAUAAGCAGAAGCUGAAAAGAAGAGAGAAAAGAGCUAACCAAAGAAAGAAGAAAAGUAAGAAGCUGAAAAAGGAAAAAAGAAAACCGAAAAUAAGAAAAAAGAAGAGCCAGCUGAAACCAAGAAGAGAGCUACCUCAAGUUCAUCUAAAAAAAAUGGUAAAAGCGAAAGUAAUAGCAAAUCUAGAUCUAAGUCUAAGCCAAAAACAUCAGCUGCAUCUAGUUCUAAAUCAAAGAGCCAAUCAAAAGAAAGAACUAAAGCUGAAGAUAAGAAAGCUCCUGCUAAAGCUAGCACUGCUUCCAAAGGUAAAUCAAAUGGAUCUUCAAGUAAAAAGAAAGCUUCUGACGAAGAGCAUGCAAAAGUAUCUCAAUCUAAAAACAAUAAAUAGUUAAAAAAGGAGCCUGCUACUAAGAAAAAAUGA